GCCGUGGUGACUGUGACCCGCUGUCAGUUGCCCGAGCCCUGUGCCACGGUUAGGACCGUCACAUCAGUCUAAGGACUGAGGCAUCACAAGGAUUCGAAAGGCAGCCAAGGAAAUAAUUAUCAAAGAUUGAUAACAUCUAGUCUCAUUAUAAUUGGACCAAAUUCCAUCUGAAAAUAUUCAUUUCCAUGAAACGUUAAUAAAAUAAAGCAAUUGAAUAAACAAGAAAGGAAAACGCAUAUAAUAGAUUUGAAGUUAUAAGUAGUGAUAAUUGUGAAAAGUGAAAGAAAAAAAGGGAGGCCAUCGCUCAUGUCACGCCGCGCCUAAGGAUGUCCUGGUAGCGUAGGAGAAGGCAUCACUCCCCGGAGCGUCGCGAGAAAGAGAUGGCGUGGAGAUUAUCGUACGAGCGCACCGCAACGAGCACGAUACUUGUCCUGCUGGUACUGCUCAAUGCAGCACUUGUAUGGGAAGAAACGAGCGCAGCUCCAGCCAAAAGGAACGACAUCUUGGCUGGUACUGAAUUUUUAUCAGUCUUCAUCAACGGAGCAAUGGCUCCAACUCCUAGAAGAAGAGGAUUCAGACGUGGCCACGCGCCAUCAGACAAUGCAGUAGCUGAAUCUCGUCAAAACGAGGCAUCUAUUUACCGGAUAUCUCGGGCCCCUUCGAGUCCAAGGCCAACAACAUCGCGUCCGAGUCACCGAGAAAUCGGAGCGAGACUUUAUCCAAUUAGUCAUAAAUCCUCAGAGCAUCGACAUAAUUUUACUCCUGACGAUGUAGGAACGGAAGAUAUUGUUCGAGUGAAACCUUUGACUCCUCAGACUCAUCAUUAUCAUCAACAUAAUCAUCACCAUCAACAUCACCAGCAGCAAAUAAGAAGUAAUGGGACCAAACCUACUAGUAAAAGUGUGAAUAGAAAAGUCAUUGGAGUGAGCGUAACCUCGACGGUCGAGGCAACACCAUACAAGGUCAGGGUUGAACAUUAUGACAACGAUCAGCUAAGUGUGGUAACGAGACCACCUGUUGGAUCUUCACCCUUUUACACUUUAACAUCAGUUGGAAAUACCAAACCUUCAUCAGGAGCAGUUACAACUUCAAGUACAAUUUCUACAAGUACUUCGACAACAACUACUACAGUCACAACAACUAACAGGCCUGCUACAAGUAAAUUAACAUCUUCAACACCUCAUUCAGCUAAACUGGUUACUGAGGAGUUAAGUAACAUUGUUUCUGAAUCUAAUAGAAGUGAAUUCUCGGUUGAUGAAGAAUUACCAAGAACUAGUUGGCAUGCUAGAUCAUCAGUGACACCUGAACCAACUAUUUCUCAUCCAAUACCUUUUUCUACAUCGUCAAAUUUAUUUGUCAAGCUCAAGGAAGCGCCUAAAGAUUCUGUAGGGCUGGCAACGGGAUCAGAACCAGUAGAACAAAGCUAUGAGCUGCCAGAAGAAAAUUCUGAAACUUCUGAAAAUCAUAAUCAUGAUCAAGAAGAUGAUGUUCAUCUUCAUCAAGGUCGUAAGGCAGGUAGACAUUAUGAUGCAUCUUUAUUCAAUCAACCACCUAAAGUGUAUCCUCAACCCUCAAAAAUAUAUGGAAAACCAGCUCAAAUAUACAGUGAACCUGCUCAGAAUUAUGGUGAGCCAUCAAAAGUAUAUGGAGAGCCGGAAAAAAUUUAUAGUGAACCGGCUAAAAUUUAUUCAAAACCAGCUACAGUGUACAGUGAACCUUCAAAAGUCUAUGGUGAACCUUCCAAAGUUUAUAGUGAACCAGCAAAAGUCUAUGGCGAGCCGGAAAAAAUCUAUGGUGAGCCAUCUAAAAUUUACUCCGAACCAGCAAGAGUUUAUAGCGAGCCAGCGAAAAUGUAUUCUGAACCGGCAAAAGUGUAUGGUGAGCCUAGUAAAAUUUAUGGACUGGAUGGGCAACCAGUAAAUCAUGAGCCUGAAGAAGAGAACUAUGAAGUAGAUGAAGCUGUGAGUGUUGGAAGCAAUGGAAACGUUCAUGGUCCUCAAAUAGUAACUGAAGCGCCAAAUGUUCCAGCAGUUGAUGUCGUAGAUGGUCACAAGGUUGGUUAUGUUGAAGAAGGAAGAAAUUACAGAAAGUACAGAGUCGAAGAAAGAACACCUGAUGGAUUUAUCGUUGGCGAAUAUGGUGUUGUAAGUCAUGAUGAUGGAACUUUGCGUGGAGUAAGGUAUACUGCUGAUGGGACCAUCAAUCCUCGACUCAUUUACGAUGCUUUAAUGAAGUUUCUUGCUCUUUGAAAGCACUUUCUAGCUUGGAAUUUACUGCCUCUAAAAUAGCGGCAAAAUGAACGACUGAUUAUUAUUUUCUUCGCUCUUGCCAACUCAACUGCCUCAACUCGUAAUUUUAACUAGAUUCUAAGGAUUUCCCUUUCACCCUUGUAGACACGACCUUUUUCUUUAAGCAACAUAGCAAGAAUUUUUUUUUUUUUAGAUAAAUCGUUAAUAAUUCCCAUAAAUAAAAAGGCAUCAAUAACGGUCAAUUUCCCGAGGUCUCAUAUUACUGAAACACGAGAUGAAGUUUUCUUGUUAAUGCCAGACUUUAGUCUGCGAUAGUGAGAAAUGAUGUUCAAUCUACCCUUUCGCACGGUAGAGUCAUAUCGUGACUAGUUCUCACUCGAAAUACUCGAUAUGGAUUUUAUUAUAACGGAAUAAAUAGCACAAGUGUAUGAAGUUUCAUAUCUGAACCUAAAAAAAUGAUUCAAAGUAUUUUUGGUUCACUGAGUUCAAGUCUUAAGCUAAAAAAAGAAAUUAUCACAUUCAAUUCUUCUAUGUUAACUUAAUAUCCAGGUGAACAAGUUCAAUUUUUUUAUCUAAGUUAUUUUUUUCAAUUAAUUCUAAAGGACUAUAAUUUAAUCUAAAUUGACUUUUUGAGUCUGAGAAAAAAAAAAUAAUCAAAAGUGCCUUGUGUUACUUUUUAUAAAAUUUUAUAAAUAAAAUUGUCAUAAACACCUGCUGGUGUUUGAUGAAUGUUAAUUUUAUUCCAACUAAUUAUUGGUUUCAUUGAAUCAACUCUAAGUUUAUCAGUUCUAAAAUGAUGAGUUGUUUUAAUUGAAUGAAAUAAUCAAAUAAAUUUUAUAAUUUAUGGGAUGAUAAAUAAAAAUGUGUUAAUUUAUGUAUUAAAUUGAAUGAUAAACAAGCAUAAGUCAUAGCAAUAUUUUAGUCUUUAAGGUAGUAGAAAUGCUUCUGUGACGAAAAAGCGUUAACAUGCCAUGUAUAAAUGAUCAAAUAGCUGACUUGUCGCGGCAGCGUUUCUGCAAAUGCACUUGAGUGAAUCGAGUGAAUAUUAUGAUUUCAUUGUCAAUUAUUUACUCUACAAUAUAAUAGUUUAAGUAAAUUUAGUAUAAAAUAAGAUUAAAUCAUCUCAACAUCUGAAAUAUUUUCAGAUUCUUUCGGUCAGCGCCA